GCGCUGCUUCCAAAUGCACUGCCUUGGGGGCGUGGCGUGGGAUCGCGCGUUGAACUCACCGAGACGAGCAGCAAGGGCGGGCAGCGCCUGCUCGCCCGCGGCGGCGCCGUCGGGCGGCGGCAGCAGCGCGGCCUCCUCAUGGCCAGCACCUGUCCAGCUCGGGCGUCGGCGACGGCGUCGGGCGUCGACGUCGGCGACGGCGACGGCGCGGGCAUGGUCUGCUGCGCCGCCUCCUCCGUCAGUGGGGCCUCGCGGAGGUCCCGGGGCGCCGGCAGCGGGCGGCUGGCCGGCGGGCCCUCGGCCCCGCGCCACACCAGCGCCACCUCCACCCCCCGCGGCCUCGGCCUGCAGCGCCGGCCGCACGCACAGGUAGCAGUCGCGGCUGCGCAGCAGCGUCGGGUCCAGCUCGCCCAGGUGCAGCGCCACGGCGGCCCGCGAGCCCAGCGUCAGCGGCCACCCGCGCACCGACACCGCAUCCCCGCCCUGCGCACAGCGACCACGCACGUCAGCACCGCCACGCCGCCUCAGCAUACCCAUACAUUAGCACAGCCACACAUCAGCACAGACAUUCUU